GAGGGUAAGGGGAGGAAAAGAAGUGAGAGAGAAAAUUUAAGGAGAAAGAGAGAGAGAGGAGAGGUGGGAGGGAGGGGGAGGAAAACAAGUGACAGAGAAAACCUAAGGGAGAGAGAACGUUUGUGACUUCAUUAAAGGGCAGGUACCAGCUGCAGGAACAUGAAGGCUGGUUUUGGAUACUCCCCUCUGCUGGUGCUCCUGUUGCUGGGGGCUGUCUGUGGCCAGAGGCCGAGGCCCAGACCAGGCCGCCCCCCCAGCACCAGAAAGCCCCCCGUCCCGCAGCCUGAACCGAAGGAGCCCACAGACUUCCCUCCGCCCAUCCUGGGACCACCGUCAGUCUUCCCUGACUGUCCCAGGGAGUGCUUCUGCCCGCCCUCCUUCCCUGAAGCCCUUUACUGUGAGAACCGCAACCUGCGCAAGGUCCCCACCAUCCCAGCUCGCACCCAGUACCUCUACAUACAGAACAACUACAUUGACGAGAUGACGGCCGAGCCAUUCCAGAACGCCACCGAGCUCCGAUGGGUCAACCUGGACAACAACCGCAUUCGCAAGGUGGAUCGGCAGGUGUUUGAGAAGAUUCCUAAUCUCCUCUUCCUCUACCUGGGGAGGAACAACCUGAAGGAGGUGCCCAGUGACCUGCCCAACAGCCUGGAGCAGCUGAGACUAAGCCGAAACCAGAUCUCCAAGAUCCCAGCAAGCUCCUUCUCCAAGAUGGAACACCUGGCAUUGCUGGACCUGCACCACAACAAGCUCGGAGACGGCGCCCUGAGCAAAAACAUCUUCAAGGACCUGAAGAACCUGGUCCAGCUCAACCUGGCCCACAACAGCCUGAGAAAAAUGCCCAGCAACGCUCCUCCGAACAUUUUCCAGCUUUUCCUGGACCGGAACAACAUUGAGGACAUUCCAAAAGAUUACUUCCAAAAGUUCCCCAACCUGGCCUUUGUCAGGCUGAAUUAUAAUCAACUGACUGACAAGGGGAUACCCAAGAAGGUUUUCAAUGUGUCCAGCCUCCUAGACCUGCACCUGGCCCAUAAUAAACUGAACAAUGUGCCAACCUUUAACCACAAACUGGAGCACUUGUACCUCAACAACAACAACAUUGAUAGCAUCAACGGCACCGAGCUGUGCCCGUUCCCAGUGAUGUCAACCCUCCUGAACGAGGAAGACCUGCCCAGGCUGAGCUAUUUAAGGCUGGACGGAAACCACCUGAGUCCUCCAAUCCCAAUGGACGUCAUCAUGUGCUUCAGACGCCUCAAAUCCAUCGUCAUCUAGAGCUUCUCUGGCCAUGAGCUCUUACCCAAACCCUCUCCCCCCCUUCCCUCCCCACCCACGCAUCCGCUCACCUUACCCAAAACCCCCCUCACCCCUUCCCCCCCACCUGGCUGGGAUGAACUGAUCAUGUCUCAGACUGUCAAACGCGUGAUCCCUCCCAAAUGAAUGGGAAAUAUCCUCUUUUUGUACAGCUGGACUUUACACUCUCAAGCUAGUGAGACCGCACCCAUGACACCAAAGAGGAAACCUAAUGUGAAGUUGUGACUGUGGGCCUUGUAGAGUUGCUUCACCAUGUCCUCCAUGCAUGGAUAUAACUGCAAUAACAUAUUACUUCCUCAGUAAGUCGUGUUUCUAGUAACAUACACAUAAUAAUUAUUAAAAAGAACGAGUUAAGCCUAAAAAUAAAGGUACAUUAACUGACCUACUACAUGCUUACAGCGUAGUUACGUCACAGUGUGGUUUGAAAAUACAAGCAAUGCAGUUCAAUCAGGAGGGGGUAAAAGAAAGCAGUGCUUCUAAGAGCAAGUCUAAUAUAUUCACUCAGAGGGGCAAAGCAGAACACACGUGACUACCAUGUAGUUCAACAGCCCUCAAUGUACCCGUGAUUUUAAGGUACUGUGUGUAAAAAGUUCAUUUUAUCUUUAUUCGGUAUGAAUCAUAUCUGUAAAAAUGAAACCUGUUCUGCAUCACAAUAUCACCUGCAUCCACAGGCCAGGUGAGUGUGUAACUCCCAUGGCCUGGCUUGUUCUGAUGUACCUGUCAAAACCACAUUUUCAUUUAUCUUCAAAAGGGAAUGUGCAUUAUCCUGACAAACAAAUAAAAUAGCUAAAAUGUA